AUGGCUUGGAGUUUCCACUUUGUUCCCUUGCUCCUCCUCCUCCUGCUCUCCAACACUUCCGCAGUGGCCACCUCCGGGCACAGCGCCGGCAACGCCACCGCAAGGCUGAGGCCAGGGAGGGAGCCGCUCAAGCACCGGAGGAUCAGGGCUCUCCUCGGCAGGCUCAACAAGCCCACCCUCAAGACCAUCAAGAGCCCGGAUGGUGAUUUAAUCGACUGCGUUCCCUCCCACCUACAGCCCGCGUUUGACCACCCAAUGCUCAAGGGACAGAAGCCUCUGGACCCGCCGGAGAGGCCCAAGAACUACAACUCCACCAUUGCCGGAGCGGUGGUGGUGCAGGCGUGGCAUGCCACCGGCGAGGCCUGCCCGGAAGGGACGGUGGCGCUGCGGCGGACGACGGAGAAGGAUCUGCUCAGGGCUAGCUCCCUCAGGAGGUACGGCAGGAAGCCGCCACGCCGGACCACCCGCCGUGAUUCCACCAGCAGUGGCCAUGAGCACGCGGUUGGGUACGUGAAUUCAGAGAAAUACUAUGGGGCCAGAGCGAGUGUUAACGUGUGGUCACCCAGGAUAGAUGACCCAUCUGAGUUCAGCCUGUCGCAGAUCUGGGUCAUCUCCGGCUCCUUCGGCCACGAUCUCAACACCAUUGAGGCUGGAUGGCAGGUCAGCCCGGAGCUGUAUGGAGAUAGCAAUGCUAGGUUCUUCACUUACUGGACAACUGAUGCGUACCAAGAGACGGGGUGCUACAACCACAACUGCCGUGGAUUUGUCCAGACGACCAACAAGAUAGCCAUCGGCGCGGCUAUCACGCCACAAUCGGUGUACAACGGGAGGCAGUUUGAUAUUAAUCUGAUGAUAUGGAAGGAUCCCAAGCACGGGCACUGGUGGCUGGAGCUGGGCCCGGGCAUGGUGGUCGGCUACUGGCCGUCCGGACUGUUCACCCACCUGGCGCACCACGCGAGGAUGGUGCAGUUCGGCGGCGAGGUCGUCAACACCCGGCCGCCGGGGUCCCACACGGCGACGCAGAUGGGCAGCGGCCACUUCCCCGGCGAGGGGUUCGACCGCGCCGCCUACUUCCGGAACCUGCAGGUGGUGGACUGGGACAACAGCAUCAUCCGGGCGUCCGGCCUCAAGCUCCUCGCCGACCACCCCGGGUGCUACGACAUCCAGGGAGGCUCCAACGGCCGCUGGGGGACCUACUUCUACUAUGGGGGGCCAGGGAGGAACGUGAAAUGCCCCUGA